CCAAGACGUGCUGUUGAUCAAUCUGCUUCCUUAAACCGAUCAGAGGAAACAACGACUGAACAUCGCAUUCUGGAUCCUGCUUAGCGAGGAUUCACUUGAUCUCAAAACAAACACGACAUUCACGCAUCACCAUGACCACGCCGCGUCGCUCUGCUCGUCUGCGGAGCACAAGUGCCACUCCUGCCUGCGAGGACACUUCUGCUGCUGCCAUUGUCAACGCAAAGCCCACUGACAAUGCUCCAUUGACAAACGGCAGUAGCGCUGAGACGGGUAGUGGUGUAGAGUUUGAAACCCCAAAGAAGAAGACAGCUGAGAACCGCAAACGCAGCAGGAAGAACACGCCCAAACCCAAGCUCGAUUCUGUGGAGGAGGAGCAGCAACAACAGCAAAAACAACAAGAAGAGAACGAACAAGUCUCCAAACAGUUGACAACGGAGCUCAAGGAUUCUUCUCCUGUAGCACCAGCAACCAUGUCGCCGACCAAACGAACCCCUCUUCAGACACCUCGUACUGAAAAGAAAUAUUAUCCCGGUCUCGAAGAAAUGCAUCCAAGCAAGGCUCACCAGAGCACGAAAAAGCAACCCGACUCUGGUCUUCGGCUGGGAUUCACUGAUAUUGCUGACAAGGCUUCUGGAAAGAACAAGUUCCUACAAGAAACGCCUACUAAGUCUCGCACGGCAGCCUGCCCGGCCUCUCCUGGGUUCGAGUUCAAGUUUACCCAUCCUGGCCCGUCGCUCAGCGCUGAAGCACAGAAGCUGCGUGAAAGCAUCCAGGAAGAAGCAGCCAAGCUAAAGGUUGAGAUGGCAGAGCAGAAGGAAAAGGAAAAGGAAAAGGCUCAGGAGGCGGAAUCGUCAGCUGCUGCAGCGGCUGGACGAAAGAUUGCCAAGCCCAAGGGCAGGUUCAGUGAUGCUCAUCACUCGGCGUUUGAGAAGAUGGAUUCGAUUGCAGGACACGCGUCUUCGUUCCGCUCUCAGACUAACCGUCAGCAAUCUGCUUCCAGCUCCAACUCCUCCGCCAGAGUUUCUCGUAGCCCUGCUCCUGCUUCAAACACUACAUUGAAGCGCACCAAGUCUCAAGCCAAACUUGAUGAGCAGCCCGAGGCUAAGAGACCUGAGGCUAAGAGGCCUACGGCAGGUUCGCAGUCUGACAAAGAGGAGGAAACCGGAAAAGCAGCUCCCACUAAGCGCAAAAAGGGCAAUGCUGGGGAUGACGUCUCUGCAGCACGCCCGCGUUCUCGUGAGGCUACGCCCCAUAUAGAUACCGACGUAUCUACGCCCAAAGUCGACCGAUCAAAGGCCCACAUUAGCGCUUCAUUUGCUACACCUACAAAGGCGUCGCUCGCCCGUUCUGCCGCCAGUGUCAAGAUGCCCAAGACCUCGCUCAUUCCAAAGCUUGGUCGACCUGUUGGCAGCCCUCGCGUUGCUCGCACCGAUACCACCAACAGAUUCCGCUCAGCCUUUUCCGUGGUUGGCGCCAUGAGGUCUAUUUUGCGUCGCCCUCAGCCUCGCUUCUCAGACGAUCCUCUAAAGCAAGCCUCUGGCACGCACGUUGCGACGCCAAAAGGGAUGAAGGAUAUUAAUCAUGAGCAGACACCCGCCACCCCGGAAACGCCGCAGCUGAACUCGCCUUCUGUUCGCCACGUCAAGUUUACCCCAGAUCUCGUUGCAAAGGGCGGCAACGAUUCUCCUGCACCUGCCACGCCCCAGCAGCGCAUCAGCAACGAGACCGGAAGCAGCAGUAAGAAGAAGAACAAGGCCUCCAAGAAUACACCUACUCCUAACAAGAGCCCUUCCACUCCCACCAUUGCGUACCCAGCUCUCCCGUCCUUGGACACCGUCUCCCAAAGCCCCAGCCCGGUCAAAGUCCAACCCAAACGCCCUGGUAUUUCAGACUUUACCUUUCGCACCGAACAGACCAUCAAGUUCCCUACUCCCAAGGGCGCCACUAUCCGCCACGUGCGGCCAAGCAUUGUUCCCUCUCCCGCCACCACUACCGCUACCGAUGCUGCCACCGCUGCUGCUGCCGUCGCCGGCACCGAUGACCCGCUCACCAGACUGCAGAACCUACCUGCCGUUCCGCACGGUAUGCCGAACAAGAAGCGCCGCCGAAGCGUCAUGGAGAGCAAGAAUGACGUUGAGGGUUCUGAUGUCGAGAAUCAGAAUGAUGAGGGUGCUUCUACUUCUCCGAGAAAGAAGGGCAAUAAACGCAACAAGUCGAAUUCUCCCACUGCAGCAGCAGUUCCGCCGCCGCCAGUCACUCCCCGCGCCGCGAAACGGACCAAGUUUGUGCAUGAUCACCGCCAGCAGCAGCCAGAAGGAGGACAAGACGGACAUGGAGAAGAAAUCAAGUCUGCAGCCAAGCGCGCAAAGAUGGGUCUGAAAGGUGAUUUUUCUUCUUCUCGCAGCGCGACUGGUACUACCCCCAGAAGCUCCAUCGCCAAGCGAGUCAUGAGUCUGAGUAGACUGAAUGAGUUGGCCAAGCCCAAGAAUCGGAAGUGAUUUAUGGGUCAGUAGUAUCAUGCGU